AUGCCAACAGAAACGGAAGAAGAUCCACAAACAAAACCCCGUGUAAGGAGGCUGGCUCGUAUGAGGAAUCGUGAUGAUGAAGACGACGCCCCUAAGCCCAACCAGUCGCCCUCAAGCUCGUCUGUAGAGGACGAGCCAGCCACGCUCAUUUUCAAACCCAGCUGCCCUGACCAAGAACGAUGGCUCUUUCAAAGACGUGCUGAGCUGGAGGAUCAAAAGGGAAGUGGCAUCUGGGCAACGAUCACAGCCGAAUACAACCGGAAGUACAAUGCGACUUCUGAUAUCCCGCGUCUGCAGAUGGUUUGCAGCAGAGGAAGGGCUCCGUACCUCGCAUGGCACCCGACAGAUGACGACAAGCUUCGACGAGCCAUCCUCUUUGACGAACAGCAGCAGAUGCAGAGGGUUUUCGCCAAGUUCAAGGAACUCGGUGGCGGCGCAUACGCCCACUGGGGCCGUAACGAUCUCGAGCUUCGCAUGGUGGAACUAGGCUGGGCGGACGUCCACGUUGAACCCUCGCCGUUAGACUCCAGCGUCAGCGUCCGGCGCCGCAGGAAGCUCAACCGCCGCCAGUCUACGGCCCAAGAUGCACAGUCUAGGUUGAACAUGACCGAAGAGGACCAGGCGCAAGUGAUGGAAGAGAUCGUCGCACACAGGGGCAUCAAGCCUGAGGAUGAGGAUGCUGAGGUGACCCUCCACGAGAUGCAGAGAAUGCGUCUCCAGCACCCCAAAAACGCCCGUGUGACGAAGCAAGAGACACAGGAGAGCCUCAUCGCAAGCGGUGGACGUGUGGCAAAGAUCGCAAAGUCUUCAGCGGCAAAGGCCAAAAGCAGGAGUCGCGUGCAGAGAUCAAAAGCUGCAUAA